CCGCGAUGACGUCAGCGCUGACGCGUUCAUUCAGCGUCGAGUCUUCAGAGCUGAGGUGAGUCGUUGACGCUUUUUCUCGUGUUUACACAACAACAAAACACACUUUACAGUUUAUUAAAGCGACAAUCUGCGACUAGUUUCUGCGUUGAGUUCACCUCUAUCUGUGUGUUUGCUGACCAAAACAAUGCAACAGGCGGCGAGCAGCUCUGACAGAACAAUAUGAGCUCGGUGUUUGUUUACUGUGUGAGGGAAUAAAGGGAAUAUUCUGCGGCAGAUAUAUGAACUUUGAUGCUAAAAACUAAAAAAGCUCUGCCGCCAUCAGUGAAAGACAAAGACAGAGUUUAUUGAAGGACAGUGAGAAGAUGAGUGAUCCAGAACCCUGCAGAGUUAAACAGGAAGAGACUGAAGAACUAAUAGAUGUGAUGGUGAAGGAGGAGAGUGAAGAACUGAGUGAAGAUGAGGAGAAACAUCACAUCAAAACUGAAAUCAAAGCUCAGACAAAGACUGAAGAAAGUUUUGUAAUGGAAAGAACAGCCGUGAAAUGUUUCACCUGCACUCAAUGUGGAAAGAGUUACAGCCACGAAUACAAUCUCAAGCGGCACAUGAAGAUCCACACUGGAGAGAAACCUUAUAAGUGUUCACACUGCGAGAAGAGAUUUAAUUGUUCAAGAAACCUGAAUAAUCAUGAGAGGAUCCACACUGGAGAGAAAACACACAGAUGUGAUCAAUGCAGCAAAACAUUUUUGAGUUCUUCAGAUCUGAAAAACCAUCUAGGAGUUCAUACAAAGGAGAGGCCUUAUUCCUGUUCUGAGUGUGGAAAGAGUUUUAUAUUGCUGUCACAUUUUAAAGCACAUCAGAAGAUCCACACUGGUGUAAAAGAGUUUGUCUGCUUUGAGUGUAAGAAGAGUUUUUUUAGAGCUGAACAAUUGAAGCUGCAUCAGAGGAUUCACACUGGAGAGAAACCGUACAAGUGCUCAUACUGUGAGAAGAGAUUCAGAUGGUUACAAACAAUGAAAACACACGAGUUGAUUCACACUGGAGAGAAACCGUUCACAUGUACUCAGUGUGGAAAGAGUUUCAGGCAAUCAUCAUCCUUUUAUAAACACAUAAAGAUCCACACUGGAGAGAAAAUACACAGAUGUGAUCAAUGCGGUAAAAUAUUUUUGAGGCCUUCAAAUCUGGAGAAACAUCUUAGAGUUCAUACAAAUGAGAAGCUUUAUUCAUGCUCUGAGUGUGGAAAGAGUUUCACAACACCGUCACGUUUUAAAGACCAUCAGAAGAUCCACACUGGAGUGAGAGAGUUUGAAUGCUUGUCAUGUAAGAAGAAUUUUUUUACACAUGGGGACUUGAAAAAGCACCAGAAGAUCCACACUGGAGAGAAACCGCAUGCGUGUUCACACUGCAACAAGAGAUUUACUAAUUCAGGACAGCUGAAAGUACAUGUGAGGAUUCACACUGGAGAGAAACCGUACACGUGUACUCAGUGUGGGAAGAGUUUCACACAAUUAUCACACCUUACAGAUCACACAAGGACACACACUGGAGAGAAACCGUUCGUUUGUUCUCAGUGUGGGAGGAAUUUCACACAAUUAUCAAACCUUAUAGAUCACAUGAGGAUCCACACUGGAGAGAAAACACACAAAUGUGAUCAGUGCGGUAAAACCUUUCUGAGGCCUUCAGAUCUGAAGAAACAUCUUAAAGUUCAUACAAAGGAGAAGCCUUAUUCAUGAGUGUAGAAAGAGUUUAACUCAGCAAUUCCAUUUUAAAGCACAUCAGAAGAUUCACACUGGAGAGAAACCGUACUCAUACUCGGUGUUGGAAGAGUUUUGCUUGAUCAUCCACCCUUAAUGAACACCUGAAGAUAGGGGUGGAAGAGGGGAUUCUUCAAGGUGAAGAUGGCUAAAGUAAGAAACUGGUUAUUUAUAGUGAGUUAGGAAUCGUCUGAUUGGUGAAUCAUGUGUUAGUUAAUGCGGGACCAGCUGUGAUCAAUCGUAAGCAUGUGCUCCUCAAUUAGUUUAUUAAUAAACUUCACCAAGUAAAAAAUGACGUAGCGGGGGUUCCGGUGGCGUCAUCUCUCUGAAUGGCAGCUUACACAGUGGCUCCUCUUAGAAAAUCGUUCAUAAGCUCCAAUAAAUCAUCAAAAAUAUUAUUUUCGCGACUCAUGUUGCUUAAUAAGUGAGGCAAGUACGGCAAGAGGAGACAGAAACAAAAAAUACGCUGCUGGAGAAACUUACGUGAAGAAACUUAGACAAAAGCUCUCACCCACAAGAACCAGAUAGCGAAGCUAAUACUAACAAAGCUUCCCACCUGAGUGACGUGGCAUGUUUGACCAAAGUUCUGGAGGAGAUAAGGGACUUUCGUAAAGACACAAAACAACAACUAAGGGAGGUCAUCACCGAACUCACUGGUGUUAAUCAAAAGAUAGCGGAGGCCGAAACGCCAAUUGGAAAAGCAGAAGACUGCGUCCAAAACAUAGGACAGAUAAAAUUGAUGAAUCAACAAGACGAUAAACUGCUGGACCAAGAAGGGAGGUCACGACGGGGAUAUAUAAGGAUCUUCAAUGUACCCGAGGGAGCCAAGAGGGCAUCGAUGACAUUUGAAGUUGGAGAAGUUUCUACCUGAUGUGCUGGAGAUUCUGCCGACCACAGAUCUUGGUAUUGAGAGAGCUUAUCGGACACUGGCCCCAAAACCAACAGGCAAUGGAGAAGAAAGGCCGCGGUCAAUAAUAAUAAUCAAAUUCCACCGCUACAGAAUUAAAGAAGAUCUACGCAAAGCUUGGGGAAAAAAUGGUGCUCUUGAAUGAAAGAAGGUUUAUUUACGUUGAUCAAGAUUACUCUCUGACGGUUCUGCAGAAAUGCACAAAAUAUACUGAGGUGAAACGAGUGUUAAAACAGAAGCACAUACGCUUUCAGACCCCUCUCCUGGCUAAACUUUGAGUGUUUUAACAAAGAUGGGACACGACUGUAUCAGACAGCAGAGGAGGCGACUUCAGAUAUGAAGGACAGAGGCCUGACGUUAAUGUCAUCACGCUGAAAGAAAGCCUAGCUGAACAGCUAUCCCGUACUGCCUGGGAGAUGAUGAGCGGAUUGAAACCACAGGAGAUGGAAGAACAAAGAGAGAGGAACAUUAGGGAGAGGUUGCAAGUUUUUAGAAGACGACGCCUGUCCCCUUCAGAUGAACUUUAAAUGUAAAAAUAUAACACUACUAACAUAGUGAUAGUAGGUUCAAGGAAAAUAGUGCUAAAGUGUUAAAACUAACAAUUUACUACUCAAUUACAGUCAUUUGAGUGUUUGUAAUUUGUUUCUUCACACCGCUGCACAUUACUCCAGUGCUUCAGCAUCUCCAUUGGCUCCCUGUUCAUGCACAUAUUGAUUUUAGGACUUGGAUUGUAAUCUACAAAGCAGUACAUUGAUUCACUCCAGAUUACAUGUGUGAUCUGCUGCACUGAAGGGUAAAAACCAUGAGAGGUGGAGCUUUUUCUUAUGGUGUGUUUAAGUUAUGGACAGCAUUACCCACAAUUAUCAGCAAUGCAGUUUCUUUGGAUUUCUUUAAGAAGCUGCUUAAGAAGCUUCUGCAUUUGUGUUUGUUGUAUAUCUUGUAGGAUUAAUCAUUGGUUUAACUCCAGUAUGUUUCAUAAAUGCCUCCUAAUUGACAAAAGAUGAUUUAAUUAUGAUGUGUAAUCCAUGACAGUAGCAUAUUAGCAAUAUCUCAUAUUGAAAAAAAUAGUAGUGAAUAUAUUUAUAUUUUGGUCUAUGUAUUGGUCUGUGUAUUUGUCCAGCCCCUUCUCUGCUGAUUGAAAGUGCAGCAUCCACACCGAUCGCAAACUGCACUAUUUCUUUUGUUGUUGAUUUUAUUUUUUUAUUUAUUUGCUUCAAGCUAUUAUUUCUUACAUUUUUCUUUUGUUUUGUUUAUAUUUGUAGUUCAGGGAAAGAUAAUUUAGUGUAAAGUCAAACACAAGCUAUCUAUACUUAGGUUUGUUUGUAGUGGAACCUCCACUGAUGGUUUCACUUUCACGUUCACAAGAUGUAUGAAAUUGCCAUAGAAUGCUGUUUUUCAUGAUUUGAUUUAUUAAUACCGUUGUUUUAGCCGAAUACUUACCAGAUAAAUGGAAAGAUUUCAAUACUCCUCUGUUGCUUAUUGUUUUUAGAAAAUAAUUUAAUCUUUUCCA